GUCAAUGGUGUAUGCCCACCCCUUUCCCUCGCCCUCUGCCGGCGCCUAUCCGCCUCCUCGACACACUGCGCCACUCGUUUUAGUAACAAUUCAGCCAAGUCAGAAGUCUAGACGCUGACCAUUUCCCCCUUGACUCCAUCCGUAGGGCGAGUAAUUGGUGGACGGGCUAUUGCAUUUUCCUAGGCCCCCCUUGCCAAGGCAUCUGUGGAUGGACGCCGUGUUCAUAGGGGACGGACCCUCGGCCAGCAACGGAAGUCGGUCUUCUUCGAUUGAGCUGUGUCUUUGAACUCGAUUUCUGUUUCUCGUUGUAUUUUUGAUUCGCCCUCGUAUUCCUUUGCAGCGCGUCUAAUAUCUUCUCUUCCUUGGUUUUUUUUGGCUGCUCGUAUCCGUGGAAACGGGGGUCGCUCGAUUCCCCAGCUAACAGACUCACUUAUUCCAACGGACGGCAGCGCGGAGGGGAUUUUUACUGCUAUUUAGGCCACCAUGAUCUGCACUGGUUCAGCACGAGCCCUGGCUGGCAUCAUCGCCUCACUCUCUUCACUUCCAUCUUCAGUAAUCGCCGACGUCCCUCUCUAUACCGACCUCCAGUCGUAUCAGGAUGGAGCGCUCGGCAACAAACCGCUUCAGACCUUCCAUUCGGCACCACUCAUUGUGGCUCCCAUUUACCAGGUCAGCGCACUUGAGCACUACGACGGCGAUGAUUCCGAAUACCUGUUCAUGACCGCGUCUUACGCAGGGCGGUUUGGGCCCAGUAUCGUCUCAGCCAAAGACCUUAGCCUUAUCUGGGGUGAUGAGAACUACUUGUUCUCCCAGGCGGCCGAGGCCAGUUGGUUUAAGAACCAAUGGGUCAUGUCUGUCUAUGCCGACCGGGGAGUCCGCAUCAUAAACCAGCACUACCAGCUGCUUUACUUCGUGCUCCCACAAGGCGACUUGGCCACCCUCAGCGCCGAUUCCCACGAAGCAUAUCUCACGGCCGAUGACACUGUCCUCUUGAUUGUUUGUCCGGAGAUAAACGUGAAUUUGACAUCGUUCGGUGGACAUGAAUCUGACCCCGUCCUGAACUGCCACGUCCAAGAGAUUGAACCCGUAGGGAACAAGGUGCUCUUCCAGUUUGGGACUCUGGAAUUCUUUGACGUUUCCGACACGUACUGGAAAUACAAGGGAAAGGGUGUCUAUGAUCUCAGCACGCCGGCGUUUGACUUUUGUCACAUGAACAGCAUAGAGAAGACUCCCGAGGGAGAUUUUCUGAUUAGUUACCGCCACUUGAGAGCCAUUAUUCUUGUCGAUGGCAGGACGAGGGAGGUUAAAUGGGUAAUGGGCGGCAAGAGAAACCAGUUCAACGGCAUUUCCCAGGGCAACAAGUCGGCCACCUUUUACUGGCAGCACCAGCCGCGCAUGACUGGCAAAAACCGAAUGCUCCUUUUUGACAACGCCGGCCUCAACAACGGCUAUUGUCCGAACCGCACAUGCUCCCGCGGACUGGAGCUUGAGUUCGAUCCUGUCAAGAAGACGGUCUGGGUCGUCAACGAAUACUACCACCCGCAGGACAUCAUGAGCAGUUCAAGAGGAGGAGCGCAGCGACUGGCCAAUGGGAAUACCCUCAUCGCCUGGGGCCAGAACGCCAUGUUCACCGAGCACACACCAGAGGGGGAGAUCGUCUUGGAUUUCCAGCGAGGCCGAGUCGGCCAUCACGACCACGGAAGCCCACCCCUCAUCGCCUACAGAGCCUUCAAGGGUCCGUGGGAGGGAAAGCCAACGUGGGGACCUAACAUUUCAGCCACUGUCGAGGUUGAGGGAGGACCAAAGAAGAUCUUUGUCUCGUGGAAUGGAGCCACUGAUGUCGACAAAUGGGUGUUGCUUCAAUCCGACGACGUGUCCAAACUCACAGGAUCCGGCACUAUUGUCGCCCAAUCUGCCCGUCUGGGUUUCGAGACUCCAUUCGACAUUCCACUCAAAACAACAUUCGCCCGAGUCGCUGCGAUUGAUAUCAACGGCAAGAUCAUUGGAUCUACUCCAGCGGUUGAAAUCCACACUGGGACGCUACUCAUGCUCGACUACGAUAUUACCGACCUCAAAAUCGAAGAAGCCGAUUCCGAAUUAACCGAACCAGCAGAGCCAACCGAAGUGGCAGACGCUGUGAUCAUGACCCAUACACCCGCACCUGCACCUGCACCAACGGCUGCCCCAUCGCCAUCGCUCAACAAUGGUUCGCAGUGGGUUAAUGACACUGGCUCCCCCUUGACCUUUUUCUACUUUGGAGCUGGUGUUAUCUUUGUACUUGCAUUGUAAGCUUCCCGUCAAUCUGGCAGCCUCCAACUCCCAAAGCGCCUCGGUAGUCGUUACUGACAAUGUUGCAGAGCAUAUAUCUUGUCUGUUGAAA